ACAAAUAAGGGGGGACCAUCCUACCACUGGUCAAACAGUUUUUAAUGAAUAUUAAGUCGUUUUCCAUUAACACAGGUCUGAUAUACAGUCUUUGUGCUUUUGCACAACUUGAACAACUUGCAAUUGGCCACCUUAAAUACCUUUUCUCAUGAUAGGAUACACCUGGCUAUGAAGUUCAAAGCUCAAUGAGGUUAGAAGUCAGUGACAUAAAAUCAAGCCACAGCUUGGUACCAGAGCAGCUUUUUGCAUGUAACAGAUCUCUGCAGGUACAUCAGCAGUCUGUUUGAGUAGACAUGCAAAUUUUUGCACUUCCUCCUGUGGUGUGGUGAAUUUAUCCGGUCCAAACCGAAAGUAAAGCUUGCAGCCAUAUCAUCAGCAACAUCCGCUCUGUGCAGAAAACCUCCUUAACAAUGUUUAGAGAAAAAGAACAAAAACAAUUCUGUUAAAUAAUGGAAGUUUCCCCUGAAGACCAUAUCGCUUCUACCCUGGUCAAACUCACGGCUCACACUGGAGGAACCAUCUGUGCUCCCAUGAUAUCUAGGAAUAAUAUUCAAGGAUCAGUGACAGUCAACAUAAACAACAUAUACAGAGAAACUUCUUGUAACAGCACCAGCACUGUUCCAGAUGCAGGUUCUCCUGUGGCAUCGGCUCUCACUGAAGAAUACAUUGUUUCAUGUGGACUAACACACAAGUCUGACCUGGAGAAGAAGUUUAGAAAUAUUAAUGAAGGAAUCUCACAUCAAGGAACUUCAACACUCCUGAAUAAGAUUUACACCGAGCUUUACGUUACAGAGGGAGGGAGUGGAGAGGUCAACAAUGAACAUGAGAUCAGACAGAUUGAAAUAAAAUCCAAAAGACAAACAACACAGGAGACACCCAUCAACUGCAACAAUAUCUUUAAACCCUCAACAGGAAAAGACAAAUACAUCAGAACUGUGCUGACAAGAGGAGUUGCUGGAAUUGGAAAAACUGUCUCUGUUCAGAAGUUCAUCCUGGAUUGGGUUGAGGGAAAAGCAAAUCAGGAUAUCCUUUUGAUGUUUCCACUUUCUUUUAGAGAGCUGAACUUGAUAAAGGAGAAAACCCUUAGCCUGCUGGAUCUUCUUCACAACUUUUUCCCAAAACUAAAACAAUUCAGAUUAAUAGACUUAAUAAACUGUGCUGACUUCAAACUCAUGUUCAUCUUUGAUGGCCUGGAUGAAUGCCGACUUCCAAUUAAUUUAGUGAAAAAUACAAUUUUGUCUGAUGCAUCAGAACCAGCUUCAGUGGAUGUCCUGUUGACCAACCUCAUCAAGGGGAAUCUGCUUCCUUCUGCACUCUUGUGGAUAACCUCUCGACCAGCAGCAGCCAAUCAAAUACUUCUUCAGUACAUUAAUCAGGUUACAGAGAUCCGAGGGUUUAGUGAUCCUCAGAAAGAGGAAUACUUCAGGAAAAGGAUCAGUGAUGAGAGUCUUGCUGAACAAAUUAUUACACAUAUAAAAUCCUCCAGAAGCCUCUACAUCAUGUGCCACAUCCCGGUCUUCUGUUGGAUUGCAGCUACUGUCCUAGAGAGGAAGCUGAGUGAGGCGGAGAGUGGAGACAUUCCCAAAACUCUGACUCAAAUGUUCAUACACUUCCUGAUCUUCCAGAUCAAACACAGCAGCCAGAAAUAUGAAGGAAAAUGUGAUAUUGAUCCUCAUCUGACUAAAGAGAGAGUUCUGGCCCUGGGAGAACUGGCUUUCCAACAUCUAGAAAGUGGGGACCUGAUCUUCUAUGAAGAAGACCUGAGGUUAUGUGGAACUGAUGUUAAAGACUUACUUGUGUAUUCAGGAGUUUGCACCCAGAUCUUCAGAGAGGAGUUUGGGCUACACCUGGAGAAGGUGUUUAGCUUUGUGCAUCUGAGUGUUCAAGAAUUUCUUGCUGCCUUGUUUGCAUUUUAUUCGUUCAUGACUGGCAAAGGAAACGUGCUGCUGAAGCGAGCCUCUGGAUUUUUGAACAUUUUCAAAAAACCACAACUGUUUGACUUCCUCAGGUGUGCAGUAGACAAAGCUUUAGAGAGUAAAAACGGACACCUGGAUCUUUUCCUCCGCUUCCUUCUGGGCCUAUCACUGGAGUCCAAUCAGAAUCCUUUACGAGGCCUCCUGCCACAAUCUGGAAACAUCUCACCGAAAAAUGAUCAAAUAGUCAAUUACAUCAAGAAGAUGAUCAGAGAGAAUUCCUCUCCAGAGAAGUCCAUCAACCUGUUCCACUGCCUGAAUGAACUGAAUGAUCAUUCUCUAGUGCAGGAAGUCCAAACCUACCUAAGAAAAGGAGAUGACAGUUGUCUCAAUGGAGUUAAACUCUCUCCAGAUCAGUGGUCAGCUCUGGUGUUUGUGUUGCUGAAUUCAGAAGAGGAGUUGGACGAGUUUGAUCUUGGUAAAUACCACUCAUCAGAAGAAUGCCUUCUGAGGCUGCUGCCAGUGGUCAAAGCAUCCAGAAAAGCUGUGCUGCGCUGCUGUAAUCUGACAGAGAAAGGCUGUGCAGCUCUGGCUUCGACUUUUAACUCAAAUUCUUCAUGUUUGAGAGAGCUGGACCUAAGUAACAAUGAACUACAGGAUUCUGGAGUGAAGAAGCUCUGUGCUGGAAUGAAGAAUCCACACUGUAAACUGGAGGCAUUAAGACUAUGUAACAGUAUUAAAGAGGAAGGAUGUGUUGCUCUGGUUAAAGCUCUGAAAUCUAACCCUUCUUACCUGAGAGAGCUGAAUCUGAAUUACAACAACCUAGGAGAGUCAGGAGUAAAGGAACUCUCUGAUCUACUGGAGGAUUUACAUUGUAAACUGAAGAAACUUCAUCUGGAAGAUUGCAGUAUCACAGAAGAACGGUGCGCUUCUCUUGUUAAAGCUCUGAAAUCCAAUCCCUCACAUCUGAAAGAACUGAAUCUGAAUCACAAUAAACCAGGAGAGUCAGGAGCAGAGGGACUUUGUAAACUACUGAAAGAUUCAGAGUGUCGACUGGAGAAACUACAGUUGCAUGACUGUGGUAUUACAGAGGAAAGCUGUGAAGCAUUGGUUAAAGCUCUGAAAUCAAACCCCUCACACCUGAGAGAGCUGAAUAUGAGCUGGAAUAAACUUACAAAGUUAGGAGUAAUAGAGCUCUCUGAUCUUUUGAAAGAUCCACAAUGUAAACUGAAGAAACUACAGCUGGAAGGUUGCAGCAUUACAGAGAAAGGCUGUGUUGCUCUGGUUCAGGCUCUGAAAUCAAACCCCUCACACCUGAGAGGACUGACUCUUAACUACUGUAAACCAGGAGAGUCAGGAGUGAAAGAAAUCUCUGAUCUACUGAAGGAUCCACAGUGUAAACUAGAGAAACUACUGCUCGAAGGCUGUAGUGUUGCAGAGGAAGGCUGUGUUUCUCUACUCUUAGCUCUGAAAUCAAACCCCUCACACCUGAAAGAGUUGAGUCUGAGUCUCAAUAAAACAGGAGAUUCAGGAGUGAAAGAAAUCUCUGAUCUACUGAAGGUUCCACACUGUAAACUAGAGAAACUACAGCUUUGGAGUUGUUAUCUCACAGAGAAAAGCUGUGCUGUUCUGGCAUCAGCUCUCAUGUCAACAUGCCUGAAAGAACUGGACCUGAGUAACAAUGAACUGCAGGAUUCAGGAGUGAAGAAGCUCUCUGUUGGACUGGAGAAUCCUGAGUGCAAAUUAGAGACACUGAGGCUUUGGGGUUGUGAGCUCACUGGGAAAAGCUGUGCAGCUCUGGCCUCAGUUCUCAGCAAAAACAACUCAAGUCUAAAAGAACUGGACUUAAAAAACAAUAAACUGCAAGAUUCAGGAGCAAAGGAGCUAUCUGUUGGACUGAAGAAUCUGCACUGUAAACUGGAAAAACUGGGGCUGAGUAACUGUAGUAUUAGAGGAGAGGGCUGUGCUGCUCUGGUUAGAGCUCUGAACUCAAACCCCUCACACCUGAAAGAACUUAAUUUGACCCUCAAUAUACCAGGAGAGUUAGCAAAGAAGCUCCUCUCUGAUCUACUGAGGAAUCCUCACUGUAAACUGGAAAAGCUGAACCUCUAAAAACAAGUCUUACAGUCUCAAAUACUGGAUGGUCUGAGGAGAGACACUCCCAGGAGGAGAAGAAGCAGAGGACGUUUUUAUGGACUGUAAUUUACCAUGUAUAUUAUUUUGGUUACAAUAUGUUUAAUAAUGUAAACUCACAGAUAAUGUUAUGUAUGCACCAUAAAGCACAAUAAGCAGAUCAGUCAGUAAAAAUUUCAAGUAUUGUUAGAAUGCAUAGAAUUCAUAAAUGCAUAGAAUUAAUGAACAUGUCAUCUCAUGUCAUUAUCUGUUCUGGAAAAGGCACUAUCAUUUUAAUAUUUAAGCUGUGUUAAUAUGAAAGUUGCAGAAUGUGAAAAGUCUUGAUUUUGAGGAACUGAAUCUUGUGGCACACUUCCUGCUGAAAGUGAAGUAAUGUAAGAUAUUUGUCAAAACAUUUGUGCUCAUGAGAAAAUAUUUUUUUAACAGGUUUUCAUUGUAAAAAGCUUAAUACAGUAUGUUUCUUGGGUUCUUUAUACUGUAUGAGCCCUUCCAACAAAUAACCAACAUUUUGUGUGAAAUCCAUUACACUGUAAACUCAUAUGUUGUUUGAACUCAAAUGAUUUAAGUCUGUUUUACAUUAAAGUGGAUAUUUCUAAACAAUACUCAACUAUUUUGAGUUAGUUGAAAAUUUGUGGGCGCAUAUACAUUCAAACUGAGAUCUUUGAGUUGAACCAACUUAUAAUAACUGAGUUUAGUCUGUUGCCAUUAACAGCUUCUUUUCCAUUGGCUUCUGUCACAAUCUAUUUGCAUACUGGGUGUGUCCAACAGUUUCUGACACUAACCAUCAGUGUGUAGUGAUUCCCCUGGGCUACAUUAGAAAUAAAUCAAGUUCCCCUUUAGUUGUAAUAACUCGGUUUUAAUUUAUGCUAACUCAAGUUUACAUUUCCCAUUAUCUAAAAAAAUGAGCAAACUGGCUGCCUUAAAAAAGUUAAGUAAACUCAACUUAUCUGAUCUUACAGUAUAACAAAAAAAAAAGUGAAAUCAACGUCCCCUUUAGUUGUAAUAACUUGAUAUUCUAAGUUAUGCUAACUUGUUUUCAUCACCCAUUACUUAACUUUUUUAAGGCAACCGGUUUCCUCAAAUUUAAAGUAAACUCAUCUUAUCCGAGCUUACAGUUUAUACUGUCUUUGUUUAUUAUUUAAAAUUAAAAUGUGCUUUUUUAGACUUAUAUAUAUUUUUACACUCAUUAAAGCAUGACUCAUUUUAAAUAACUUAAUAUUUAAAAAUUAAAAAAGAAAAUAACUGACUUUUCCCAAUGUGGAGAAAUGGUUUAUACUGUAUAUAUUUAGUUCAUUGGAAGGACUCAUUUAAUUUUGUUUCAUCAUGCAAAAUUCUAAUGCUUAUACAGAUUAAGGAUUAGUUUAAAUGGUGUGGUAAACAUAAAUUCUUUGGACAGCUAAGAAGUCCAAAUAACUUUAUAUUGAUAAGCAGGCAAGUGAAAAACAAGUUAGUAUAAGCUUAGUAUAGUUCUACUGUUAGAUGACUACUACUGAAAGAUUGUUAUUACAUACUUUACUUAAGGGUUUAGCUUAUUUUGUUUGACAGUGUUAUGUUUCUUAUGCUUCCUCAGAAAUGUGAAUUAUGAAAUGUGAAAUUGAUUGUUAUUUUUUUUACUAAGAAAUGUUUUAUAAAAGGGAAGUAGGAUGUAAAGCUAUUUUCAAAAAGAUCUGUUGUUCUUCAUUAGUUGGUGGCAGUAAUUGUGAAAGUAUUUCAGAAUUUAUUUCAGUGUUACUGGGCAGUUUCUGUUCCCAGUUUGUUUCAGUCAUGUUCUUUUAGUCUGUUUAACUUGCUUUAUGUUUUAAAAAGGUGUUUUCAGUAUUCACAUUAUUACUCAAAAAGAAGUACAGAUACUGGGGUUUAACAAUACUUCUGUAGCAGUUUAAGUAUCAACUCAAGUUAUAAGUACUGCUUUCAAAGCUACUUAAAGUAUAAAAGUAAAAGUAAAGUAAGAGGAAAAAAUGGCUCUAAAGACAAAAGCUUAGGCCGCUCCACAGGGGCCUGUAGUGCUCUUCUCCUCCUCAAAAACACAUUUUUGCACUGAAAUGAAUGUAUUUAAAGAAGAACAGAGUGUUUGUUCUUCUAUAUUUGACACCUCUAAUGUUUUGUAUCUGUUUCGUUCUUGCUUUUUCAUUUUUAUUAAAAAAUUACUUGUACCUGCAUGUA